ACAUUUGUAAUCCGUUCGAGACGGCGCAAUGAAUUUCUUUAAAAGCAAAUUUGUAAAUAAAUAAAAUCAACAAUGGACUGGCCCGAGGACGACGAGGAGCUGGAAGCGGCAUUGCAACUACAAGAGCUGGUAGAGUCGUCCCAACAACCAACGAAAGAGGAAUCCCGGCCAGAAACGUCCGGUGCUGGCCCCUCCGUUUCAACGGAAUGCCAUGGCUUCGAUGUUAGCUUGGGAAAGAGUUGGAUCUAUCCCAGCAAUUUCCCAUUGAGGACGUAUCAACAAAACAUUGUUCAGACUGCAUUGUAUAAGAACACUUUGGUUGUGCUGCCCACAGGAUUGGGCAAGACUUUCAUUGCAGCCGUUCUGAUGUACAAUUAUUAUCGCUGGUAUCCCAAGGGCAAGAUUAUCUUUAUGGCACCCACUCGACCGUUGGUGUCCCAACAGAUUGCUGCAUGCCAAAAGAUAAUGCCGUUCACGGAUCAGGACACAGUUGAGCUUACGGGACGUCUACCUCGAGUCAAGCGAAUGGAACUGUGGCGUACCAAACGUGUCUUUUUUGCCACGCCCCAGGUAGUCCAUUCUGAUAUGCUUGACCAGGCGGAUCAAAGUCAUUCGUUUCCCUUUGGGUCUGUGAAAUUACUUGUCGUGGAUGAGGCUCACCGGGCAAAGGGGCGCUAUGCGUACACCCAAGUGACGGAGUCUCUGAUGGCCCACAAUCCUCAAUUUCGUAUGUUGGCCCUCUCCGCCACUCCAGGACGCACUAUGGAAGAUGUGGCCGCUGUUUGCCGUAAUUUGUAUAUUUCCAAUCUGGCCGUACGCUGGGAGAAUUCCAUAGACGUACAACCCUAUAUACAUAAGAGGACCAUACGCACUAUUCUGGUCUCACUGAAGGAUCGAAUCAAGGAGCCGCGUGAGCGUCUCUUACAGAUCAUAGAACCCUACUUGAGGCAGCUCAUCCAAGCGGAGGUGCUCAAGGGAGCCCGUGGAAAUAUCACAAAAAACAAUUUACUCUAUGAUCAGAAAGUUUUCAUUGAGCGUUCCUCGGUGCAGGGACAACGACAUCCUGAUCACAAUCUGAUUGCCGGCAACUUUUCCAUGUGCAUUAGUCUCUAUCAUUCCCUUGAGCUGCUCGAGCGGCAUGGUCUACGUGUGUUUGUCAACAAUUUCGAUGUGGACGCGGAUGGCAGGGAUAAAUAUGUUCUAACCAAGGAUGCUGAUCUUCGUAAUUUGGUUGACGAAUUGCGUAAGGAUCUUGGGCCAAAUCCUUUGGAUAUUUCCACUAAAGCCAUGACAAAUGGCCAAGUGGCUGCCAUGCCCACUGCACUCGAUUUUGGACAUCCCAAAUAUGAAGAAGUGCGUAAGGUGCUAGUCAAUCACUUUGAGUCCCACAGUGAUUCCCGGGCCAUAGUUUUCUGCGAGUAUCGUGAAUCUGUAAUGCUGAUCCAACGUCUACUCCUCCAGCAUCGUCCGCUAUUGCGUCCACGUUGCUUUGUCGGCCAGGGUGGCUCCAAUGGGGGCUUCUAUGCCCUCGCCCAGAAGCAACAAUUGGCCAUAAUGGCCGAUUUUCGUGCUGGUACCAGUAAUAUUCUGGUAGCUACCUCCAUAGGCGAGGAGGGCAUCGAUGUGGGCGAAGUGGAGAUGAUUGUCUGCUUUGACAUUUGCAGCUCGAAUCCCACGAGAUUUGUGCAACGCAUAGGUCGUACAGGACGCAAGAAAAAUGGAGAAGUAGUCAUGCUAGCCACCGAGGGACGGGAACAGCAAAUGCUCAAGGAUGUGCUGGCCAAUAGGGAACAAACGAAUCGCAAAAUGUUAAACUCCUCGGUGGUCAUGAGAUCUCUGUAUGAGCUGAAUCCUCGCAUGAUACCCCAACAGUUGCAUCCCAAGUGUGAAGAGCAGUUUAUGAAGCCACCGGAUCCGGAACCAAAAACUGUAGUCUCACCUCCAGCCGCCAAGAAACGCAAUUCCGUCAAGAGUGGAGAUUUGCGCAAGUUUUUCAAGCAGACGUCAAGCUCAACUCAGGAGGAUAUGUUAAUUGGCCAGCAACCGUAUCAAAUGAGUGAGGCAUCCCAAUGUUUGAUUAAAGAACAAAUCACACGGCGUAGUAUAGCAGUUAAGAACUUUCUGCUGGAUACUCAAUCCGCUUCAACUCCCGAUUCCACUCCCGCGUCCGUUUCAGCUCCUAUUUCCAAUAGUCAGGAGGACAUUUCACGUCUUCGCAAACUUACACGCUUUCUGCAGACCUCCAAACCAAUUAACACUGAUCUUUUCAAUCAACUGCAGGACAAGCAAUUGCCUCAAUCUUUAAAGAUCUUUCUGCUUCAAAAUAAUCCUCAAUUUGUGCAGGAUAUUUGCUUGAAAAUGCAAACACAAAAUGAAUUACAAUUGCCACCAGAUCGUUUGAAUAGUCGCCAGCAAAAGACCAGAAAGAACUAUGAACUUCUGUCGACCAUUUGCCAGGAUGAUAUAGAGCGAUUGCUGCCCACAACGCAGGAUUGUCCAGUGGAAUUGACAAUCAAGGAUCUGGUAAAUGCGGCAGAUGAGGAAAAUGAAAGAGAAUUUGAGGCGGCAUGUCAAGAGAUCUUUGAUGGUUUGCCAGAGCAGGGAUUACUCACUGAUAAUUAUGAACUGAGGCAACAAUUGAUGGAUAAACUAGAACUGCGCAAUCUGGAGGAGACUGUUAAAGAAACAAGCUGGUUUGAAGACGAAGAUCUCGAAGAAGAGCAAUCCUCAAAGUCAAUUGAACAAUCCUCCUUGUGUCAGAGCCAAUGGCAAGAGUUCGAUGAGUUGGUUAAACCACCGCAUCAAUCCACACCCUUGAGAUCACAGACAAAGCCCGUGGGGCUGGAGGCACCAAAUCUGUCUAAGGUGGACAGAUUUACACCCCUGAGAACGAAGACAAAGGCUGCCUUGGGGCUGGAGGAAACUGAUCUCUCUAGAGUGGAGGCCAGUGACUUGAGUGUCAAUUUGGAUAGGUUAAAUGAUCUUAUAAGUGGACCAAAUGCAAAUCCCAUCAAAGCGGAAACGCCUCAAAUAACGCCUGAUGAUUUGGAACUAGAUUUAAAUGACUUUCUUGAACCCAUGCCGGAAGAGCAGGACCUAAUGACGGAGCAGAAGAAAGAAGAACCAAAAUUGGACUUGGAUUUGAAUGAUUUUCUGGAGCCCAUGGCAGAGGAGCGGGAUUUAAUGACACAGCAUAAGCAGCAGGAGACGCAAUUGAACUUUGUAAAGGAAGAAAAGCUUACGCAGAAACCGAGCACAACCUUCAGCCAGAAAGAGAACCUCUUACCCAUAGCGCAACGUUCAAAUUCUCCGGAUCUCUUUGCAGACGAAUCAUUGUCGCCCUGUAAGCCGACUUUAAAGAAAAGUUUGGCUGCAAAAUUGGCUGCCAAAAGUCACAAAUCGAUUACUCCACCUCUACCCAAAUCACCUGAUCGGAGGCAAAUGACAAAUCCUAACGGUCAGGAGAAGUCACCCAGCAUUUUUGAUCUUUAUCUUCAACGUACGCGUGGACGCGGACCUCGGCUGCCCAAGCCCGCGAAUAUGCUACAUAAGCUCAAUUCAAAUUUACCUGCCCAUCGAGAGCCAGAUGAUUCACCCAUUAUCCAGAAACGUCAAUCCAAGCGAAAAAUUAUUAUUAGUUCCGAUGAGGAUGAGGAACAGCCGAUGGCCCACACCCAAGUGAUUCCAGCUACACAAAUUCCAAGCACACCGCCCUCACCGAUGUCAUCUAGGCCACGUUUCAAGCGUCGCAAGCCAAACUCUUUUAUUCUGGAUGAAGUCGAUCUGAGUGGUUCCGAUCAUGAAGAUGAAGAUGCCGAGGAGACCAUAGGCGCCUACCUCAAGAAUACGGUGAUAGUGUCCAGUGAUGAGGAUGAUAAUCAUAAUGAUACCAAUGUUCAUGCCAUGUAUCUGCAGGCAGUAAGGAGUCCAUUGCAACGUCCUGGAGCCUUUAAGAUGCCAGCCCAACGUGUUUAUCAAGAUGAAUCGUAUAUUUUUUCGCAGCCAGUGGAUGAACCAUCUCAGUAUAUGCCCUGCUCAUUUAUUGUCGAUGAGGUAGAUGAUGCCACAACUAAUCAAAGUCAUGAUAUAUCCGAGUGUCCCUUAGAGCGUGCUGAGAGAAUACUUAAGGAGCAGCGCAAACAGCGUAGACAGAAACGUCGCAAUGAUCCUGAUCCACCAGCCCCAGCCACAGUGGUGCGGGAAACCACUGUGAAAAGGCGACGCAUUCAAACCUAUAAUCUUGAUAGCAGUGAUGAGCAAUAGAAGAAUAGGUGAUUCUAAACCAAUUCCGUGCCAUUAAGCAUUAAAUUUAUAUUGAUUGUGUUUUUUAUUUUGUUUGUACAAUAUUUUUUUCGCUUAGUUUAUUCGUUUUUUAACUUAAGUUUGAAUCACUGUGAAUACUUGCUAAAAUACUUACAAUUAAGUUAAUUAUUUUUUAAAUGUGAAGCAAAAUUUAAUACUUUGGUGUGGCCAUUUCUAGAAUAAAGAAAACAAUUUGUUGAAUUAGUUUGUAUAUUAUAUA